GGCGGGUAUGCUAAUGAGCGGAGGACACGCCCCCCGCCGCGGGCCGCGCUAUUGUCCGGCGGGACCGGGAUUGGGAUCGGGAUCGGGACCGGAUCGGGAUCAGAAUCGGGAUCGGGACAGGGACCCCCAGCGCCGCCCGGGCUCUCCCUGCAGGACGCGGUGGCGAUGUUGUGACCUACAUUCGCGACGAGGAGGUCCCCAGCCCGCCGCCACCAUCGGGCCAUGAAGCGGCACAAGUGACAGGCCCGCCGUGCCCGCGGCCAUGGCCAGCCCGGCACCAUGGCUGCACUGCACACAAACAGAGCUGACGCCCUGGGAGGGAGAGGACGAGGAGGAGGAGGAGGAAGAAGACGACUUUGAGAGGCGGAUGGACGAGGACGGGGUCAUCGGCCUGGGGGAGGGUGCCAGGAGCCCACCGUGGGGUGCGGGGGAGGACCCGGAGGAGGGGUCCCCGCUGGAGGAGGGUCGCUGGCACCCGCAGCAGGACCUGGCGGAGGAGGACGAGGAGCGGGGCAGCUCCGGGGGGGACGAGGGGCCCUGGGGGGCAGAGAGUGACGGGGAGCCCUACCCCGAGCUCUCCUGCGAGGGCCGGUGGGGCUCGGGGUCCAGCGGCAGCCCCGAGGCUCUGCGGGAGCACCGGGCUCUCUGCCAGCCCCGCGGCUGCAGCACGGAUGGUGGGGACACCUCGGCGCUGUCGGACACCAGCCCUGGCCCUGCCACCCCAUCCCGCCGGCCCCGGGGCUGGGGCACAGCCGGGGACCCAAAAAAAACGGCGCCCACGGUGGUGCCCCCCAAGCCCUCCCGGCAGUCGCGGUCCCUGAGCCCCCGGCGGGGAACAGGAGGCAAGGGGCACAGGGAUCCCUCGGGAACGGGCACGGAUGGCACCCAGUACGGCCGCGGGCGCCUCAACCACCCCCUGCCCGACCUGUCCAAGGUGGAGGCGCGGGUGAAGUUCGACCAGAGCUACCGCCCCCCCCGGGGCCGGGUCCUGCCCGCCCGCCCCAGGGUGCCCGGGGGUCCCGUUGGCUUCAAGUCCCCGGCCGAAAUCGUGCGGGAGGUGCUGCUGAGCAGCGGGGAGGGGGUCCCCCCGCAGCCCCCCAGCACCGCCGGGCUGCCACAGGAGUUCAGGUCCCCCAAACAAGCCACUGCGCUGGUGCAGCAGCUCCAGGACGACUACCACAAGCUGCUGACCAAGUACGCCGAGGCUGAGAACACCAUCGACCAGCUGCGCCUGGGGGCCAGGGUGAGCCUGUUCUCGGACCCGCCCCAGCCCAGCCGCAGCCUGGCCGUGGGCACCGUGGGCACCGGCUGCCGUGUGAUGACCCUCAGCAUCCCACAAGCCCGGACGGCAGCUCUUGGCACGGCCACGGCCACAGCCUCCACCUCGCCAGCUGGAGCUCCAGCGCCGGGACCAUCAGAUCGGGGGGGUUCACCCCACCCCCGAUCCCCCCCUCCGCCCGGGGGGGGCUGCCCCAGCUGCCCCGGGCCGUGCUGCUGCCCCGGCCCCCGGCUCACCCGGGCACUGGCGGGGCAGAGCCGCAGGCUGCAGGCACAGGUGGAGUCCUUCGAAAGGUGGAUCCGUGCGGGGAGCCCCUCACCCUCGGAGCAGCUCCAGAGGAUGAGGCUGCUGAAGGACGCGCAGGAUGCGCUGGAGCGGGAAUACCUGCGGGGCCGGCAGCAGCUCCCGGGGGCUGCGGGGGGGUUUGAUCCUGACCGGGCGGUAGAAGAGGAGAUUUACCGCCUGGGGCUGCGCCUGGAGGGGCUGAAGGAGCGGCUGGAGCCGGGGGACAGGCGGCAGCCCCCACUACAGUCCCCUCUGCAGCCCCUCCCGCAGCCCCGCUGCCCCCCAGCCCCGUCCCCACCGCCGGCCCCCCACUCCCCAUGCCCCGAGAGCCCCGCGCUGGUGGACGGUGCCCUGGGGACAGCGGGGGACAACGAGGGAGUGAGGGGGGGGCUGCCCUGGCCCCUCUGGCACAAGCAGCUCCGAGUGGAGGAGGAUUUCGCGGACCUGCUGGAGCAGUACAAGCACUUCAAGUCCCUGCCGCAAUCACUGAGUCUGGAGCAGCUGAGCCUGGCGGGGAGCGGGUCCCAGGAGGAGGUGGAUGGACCUGCAGCAGGGGAUGGUGGCCCCGGCAAGAUCCCCUGCAGGACACGGCCACUGGAGGAGGGGGCCGACCUGGAGACCUUCCCCUUGCAUCCCUCGGAGAGAAAAGCUGCACUGCUGCCCUCCAAGGGACCCCCAAAAGCAGAGGGGCCGCGGGGCCACCCAUCCCCUGCCACCUCUGAGGAGCCACCAGCCACUGCCAAGCCCCACCUGGUGGCCCCGGGACCACCACGGGCGCCGCUGUCCCGCCGCAGCAGCGGGACGGGCAGCGCUGCCCUCCAGCACGGGCCCCGCAAGGUGAAUCCCCUGGGUGCCCCCCUGCCAGCACCCUCAGACCCCGCCGGGGGUCCUGGGGUGCUCAGCACCGAUCCUGCUGUCCCCGCGUCCCUGCGGGAGCAGCGCAUCGUGUCACCGGAGACGGACAGCGGCUUCGUGGGCUCGGAGGCCAGCAGGGUGUCACCCCCCGUGCACACCCCCGAGCACCGCCCCCCUGGCACCGGGACCCCCGGCUCGCUGGGACCCUCCAUCCCCAUCCCCACAACCCUCCGUGCCCCAAGGAAGAGAGAGACGACCCCGCUUCCCUCCGAGACAGCACUGAUGGGCAUCUACCCCGCGGGCGGGCAGGGGGGCACGGGGGGGCCCUACCUGCCCCCCAGCACCCCCUCGCAGAGCAGUUCCCCUCCUCGCUGGGCCGAGAGCGCGGGCAGCGAGGCGGGGCCCGACCCCGGCGGCGACGGAGCUCACACGGACUCGGAGGUGGGAGACAGGAGCUGUGCCAGCACCAGUGGACACCCCCCAGCCAGGGCCAGGAGGGUCCCUCCAUCCCCAGCCCCAACCAGCCCCCCACCAUCCCCUGAAAUGCCGUCCCCCACCCUCCUGUCCCCCGACCUGCCAUCCCUCACCCCGGCUCACUGUGACCUGCUGGGCUCCCGCCUGGAGCGCGACCAGGCCAUCCGGGAGCUGCGGGAGGAGGUGUGGCGGCUGCGGCGGCGGCUGGAGGAGACCCUGCACCGCUCCCGCAGCUAUCCCGAGGGAAAAGCCACUCCCCGCGUCGCCCCGGCCAGGAGGCAGCCCGUGGGCAGCGCACCAUCGUCCCCCCAGGACGCAGCACCCUCGGGGGAGCUGAGCCCCCCGGCGCGGGGCAGGGUGGCCCCCGGGGUCGCACCCACGCGGAGGGGCAGGUCGGCAUCGCUGCCACGGGACAGGCCGGAGCUGGACCUCACCUCCGAGUCGGACCCCUCUCCCGCCGGGCCCCGGGCACGCCCCUCCCUGCGGAAGCACCCUGGGAGCCCCCCGGGAGCGGUGACAUUCCGGGGACAGUACACAGGGACACGGUACCAGGGGGGGACACCACGUGCUGCCCCAGCACCCCGAGAGGAGCCGGGCACCCCGGGGUGCCCUCGAUGUCACAGGAGCGGGACAUCAUCGGGUGGAUUCUGGGCGGGUGAUGCCACCCAGCAGCCCCAGCACAGCACCCCAAGGAGGACACGCUGCCCCACUUGCCGGGCGCCCCUGGGCCCCCCCGUGCCAGGCAGCAGGGACAGAGCCACGCACGCAGAGCAUGGCCCCGGUGCCACAUCCUCCCCGGGCUCCCACGUUGGUCCCCAAGCUGAGAAGCCGGAUGAGCCUGGAUUUUGGUACCUGGCAGCCGGUCCUGCUGCCACCGCUGCCACCAUCUGCCUCGCCCCCGUCCCCCUCGUGCCUUACGUGCCCUCCGUGCUCUACUGCUCCCCAGCCGUACCUACCUCAGCCCCUGCCACGGCCGCGGCCACCCCACAACUCACCGGGGGAAACCGGCGGGCACAGAGACCCCCCCGGGCACAACCCCGCCACCGCUGCCUCAGCCUGGACCUGGAGGAGCUGGACGAGCUCAACUGGUCCCUGAGCCGGGCCGUGGAGGCUGCCCAGAGCGUCAGGGUGACCACCACCCGCAUGAGCCGGGCACUGGCCGCUGAGCUGGGCCGGGCACGGGAUCUGCGAAGCUCCUGCCUCUUCUGAGCGUCCCACGGGACCUGCGGGGCUCCUGCCUCUUCUGAGGGACCUGCGGGGCUCCUGCCUCUUCUGAGGGUCCCACUGGCACCUUCCAAACCAUCCCUGCCCUCGCAGCAGGCAGGGAUGAGGAGGAGGAGGAGGAUGGUCCCCCCACCAUCAACAUCCCAGCACUGGGUGCUCCCAGUGCCAGAUCCGGGGGCACCGGGGCUGGAGGCAUCUCCAGGGGGUCCUGCCCUGACUCCCACCCCCCCUUCCUGCUUGCCUUAGAGUUCCUGCAUCGCUUGUCUGUCUGUCUGUCUGUUUUCAGGACCACUCAAGCUGCAGGAGGGGGGAGGUGUGGGCAGGGGUCCCCUGGGACCUGCAGCACCCUGGGGAAUGAGCACCAUCCCCUGGGACCAAGGGGGUGGCCCCGUGUCCCCCCCUAAGGCAGUGGCCACCCCAACCUAAGCACUUCUGGGGCUGCUGUGACCUGCUGUAGGUCCUGCACAGGUCGAGCCCCCCUUGGCAGCUGUGUUUACCUCUGUGCCUGCAUGGGCAGAAAUACCUGUGGUUCCCUAUUCCACCCCUUUCCCAGAUUUUAGGCCUCCUCAGGGGGCUUAACCCAUGUGUCCCCCUCCUGCUCUGCCCUUGGACUUGAACCCAGUGGGAUCCUUUCUGGGGAAACCCUUCUUUGUGUGGGAUUUUUGUGAUUUAUUUUUUCCCCAAGACAGCCAGUAAGCAGCUAAACCACUCUUUGAGGGUUGAUUGAUGAUAUAUAAUGUGUGUCUAUAUAUAUGUAUCUAUAUAUGGAUAUAUCUAGACAGAGAUAAAUCCAUGUCUAUCUAUAUUUAGAUAUAUAUCUCUAGAAAGACAGAGAUAUCUCUCUAUAUAAAUCUGUAUAUACACAGAUCUGUAUCUAUAGAUACAUCUUUACAUAGAUACAUAUGUAUAUAUAUAUAUAUAUUUUGGUUUUCAUUUCCAGCACAACCUUUAGGGCAUUUGUGGGGCUUUUUUUGCCCACAUCCCUGGAUGUGGCCACCCACAGCAUCAUCCAGGACGAAAAUGAAAUGAAGGAUUUGGGGUUUUCCCCUGGGAUUCCCAGGGAAUGCAGUCUGGUAGAGGGAAAAAAUCACCCUGCAAGACUGAGUUGGUGCUGAGGGGUCUGCAGAGCCCCUGUCCCUCCCAGCGGGGUUUGUAAUGAGUUAAUGCCUAUUUUUUUUUAAGGAAUUUCAUGUGGACAGAGCAGCUUUUCCUGGGAUGGGUCCAGUCAAACCCCUCCAGCACCUCCUGUGGCACCCCAGCUCCGUUUAUCUGUAGGACCUACCUGAAGUGCCAGUGUCAAACGUAUUUAUUUUUGCUUUUAUUUGUGGUACAAAGCCCCCCAUUUGGGGGGGUUGGGAUCAGUGCCAACCCCAGAGAGUUCCUCAAUCCCUGAGCCUGAUCCUGCACCCCCCAGGGAGGGGCUGGGAAUGGGACUGUUGUGUCCCCCCCCUUUUUGGGGGGACAGGGGUGGGUUGGGGGGAUUUUAAAGAGGAUUUCUGUGUCUCUGGUUGCCUCUGCUCGUGCCUGUGUCCCAAACUGGAAGCUGUGACCCCCCCCAGCCCAGCCAGGGUACGAUGGGAAGCACGUUUAACUCUCCCAAAUGCAGCAGCCAGGAGAAAAAUAAUGGGUUUUUCCUCAUCCCCUAUUUUUUAACGCCCAGCAGAGCCACUGGGCUGGUAUUUUGUACUAAGAAAUCACCUAUUUUUGAAGGAAAUAAAUGUGGUUGGAUGA